GUGAAGAAGUUUUGGAAAAUGGGAGAAGUUAUAGAGAAGCAAGCAAAUGGUUAUCAGAGUAUAUGUUAUAUCUUCUUGUAAUGAGACCGUCAAUGUUGCCUAACGGGAUUGGUGAGAUAAGCUUCCAAGACACACGCGCUGAGGUAACUGAAUUUGUGAAGGAUAGACAUUCUAUACAAGAUGAGAAGCAAGUAUCUGAAAUGCUAGACAGAGUGUGCAAAUAUGUUGACAGAGUUAGUCCUUCAAAGGUGAAAGGUGAUAGAAGCAAAUAUGUUCUAUUUGAUGCAUUCAAGUUGGCUAAAAAUGUAAUGGAGAUAAAGGAUGAUGAAGAAUGGGAGACAAAAAAGAUGUGGAAGUUUAUAACUCAAGUUUGGGUUGAAAUGCUAGCUUAUGCUGCUUGCCAUUGUCAGGUAAUUCAUCAUGCUCAGCACCUAAGACAUGGUGGGGAACUAUUAACACAUGUAUGGCUUCUUAUGGCACAUUUUGGUAUCACAGAUCGACUUCAAAUCUCAAAGGGGUUUGGUAGAGCAAAGUUGAUAAGGAAGUGAAUGUAGUUCAAGAAGUGUGUUCUUCUUUCUUGCAUUUCAAUAAAUUUAUCUUGUGGUUUAAUCCUUAAUUAGCCUUGUUUAACUAUAUGAGUUGCAGGUAUUUGUGGAGGAUGUGUUCUUGUUAUUUAAUCUAUAAAAUAAAAUUAUGAACUACUA